AUAAAGAAAGGAAAAUAGUAGGUACACCCUGAGUCAGGAGAUAGUCGGAAGUAAGAGAAGGGAAAUGGCAGUGGAAGAGGAGGUAGGGUUCUUGGGGCUGGGAAUAAUGGGGAAGGCCAUGGCCACCAAUCUGUUACGCAAUGGCUUUAAGGUCACGGUUUGGAACAGGACUUUGUCUAAGUGUGAUGAGCUGGUGGAGAAUGGUGCUUCAAUUGGAGAAACCCCAGCAGCUGUUGUUAAGAAGUGCAAGUGUACCAUUGCAAUGUUAUCUGAACCAAAAGCUGCUCUUUCAGUGGUUUUUGAUAAAGAUGGUGUUCUUGAGCAAAUUUGCAGCGGAAAAGGUUACAUUGACAUGUCAACUGUAGAUGCUGAUACUUCUUCUAAGAUAAAUGAGGCGAUUACAUCAAGGGGUGGUCACUUCAUUGAAGCUCCUGUGUCCGGUAGCAAAAAGCCGGCUGAAGAUGGUCAACUGGUAAUCCUUGCUGCUGGGGAGAAGGCAUUAUAUGAGGAAGCAAUGCCAGCUUUUAAUGUACUUGGAAAGAGGUCUUUUUACUUAGGGCAGGUUGGAAAUGGAGCAAAGAUGAAACUUGUCGUCAACAUGAUAAUGGGCAGUAUGAUGAAUGCACUUUCGGAAGGACUUGUACUGGCUAGCACAAGCGGACUUGAUCCUCAGAAUCUUCUUGAUGUAUUGGAUCUGGGUGCAAUUGCUAAUCCAAUGUUCAAGAUGAAAGGACCUACUAUGAUCCAGAACAAUUACUCCCCUGCUUUUCCGCUGAAACAUCAGCAGAAGGACAUGAGGUUGGCUCUUGCCCUUGGUGAUGAAAAUGCUGUAUCAAUGCCAAUUGCAGCUGCAGCCAAUGAGGCUUUCAAGAAGGCCAGGAGCAUGGGGUUAGGGGACCUUGAUUUUUCGGCUGUGUUUGAGGCCAUAAAGGUUCUUCAAUAUCAGUCUUAGUACAAAGAACUGCUUAAAAACUUGAGCAAUGAUGAACAGAAAUAAACAGUGCUGGCAACUAUAGCCAGAAAGCAAAAUGUUGCGUUUAUCUUCAUAGAUAUUGUGGGCUUCAUUUUCAAAGUUUUUAAUAUGCAAAGGUUCUAUAGGCCAAA